CAUGCUCAUAAUUCCAAAACCUAUUCCUUUUCUACUUCUCCUCCAUACCUGCAACCCUGCAACCCUUGUUUUUCCUCUUGCUUCUCUCCUCAAAUCAGAUUCGGAAUCUUCCAACUCCGGUGAUCGUUCACGAUAUGGAGCCGGAAAAUUUUAGAAGAAUUGAAUACGAGGACUUGGUUGAAUGUACCGAUACCUUAGGUGAGAGAAACUAUAUAGGCCGUUUCCAAUUUGGCAAAAUGUACCAUGGAGUGCUCGGAACUUUCGAACCAAUUAAUUUGUUGGUGAAGAUAUGGGAAGUUCCAGAAAUAUACAAUUAUAAGCCUGGAGAUCAUAAAAUUAGACUAAUGGAGGAACUCGUUUUACUUCGUCAUGAAAAGGUGAUCAAGCAUCCAUGCAUGGUAAAGCUGUAUGGAUUCUGCUGCGACGGUGAACAUAUCAGCGUUGCUUAUUUACUGAAGCCUUUUGGUUCUCUUUUUAACCUCAUCCCUAAAGAUAGUUUCACAUGGCUGCAAAGGAUAAAAACGGCAUUUGGAUUGGCUUCCCUUCUCAAAUUUCUACAUGUCGGAAACCCUUCAUCAUAUUACCCACCUUUCGUAGUUCAGAAUCUUGAUGCUGCUCAUAUAGUGCUUGAUCAGGACUAUACUCCAAGGCUGUGCGAUUUUGGUCUCGUAUGUGGUGGACUUUUCCCCGAUAGGAGAUCGUAUUCAGGCCCAUUGGGUUGCUAUGGCUACAUCGACGUUAGUGCAUCCAGUCAAGAUGAUUGCUCGACCAAAAAAGACAUUUUUGCAUUUGGGGUGAUACUGCUAAGUUUGAUAUCGAAGAGAGUAUACACCGAAGAAGACAGGCAAUCUGGUUUACCGACUGUUUACGAAUGGGCUUUAGGACAAUGUGAAGCUUUUGAAUCGUACAGUGAAAUGAGAGAUGCAAAGUUUUCGCUUGUCCAUAAAAGUAUAGUGCAUGAAAGUGAGUUUUGUCAUGAAGAUGGGCACAAGAUUACUAUGAUUGCGUUAGAAUGUGUUAAUAGAGUCCAAUCCGAACGGCCUGCAAUGAAGCAGGUUUUUAGAGCUUUACUCAAACUCGAAGUCGUUAAGAAGAAUGCUGACUUCAUCGGAGCGAACAACAAAAUGCUGCUUCGGCCCUGUGAAAAAUACUAAAUAGCUGCUGAUUUAUUAUUUAUGGCACUGAGGAAUGAUGUUAGAAUGUUAUUUAUGGGACUGAGGAAUGAUGUUAUUUAUGGCAUUGAAUUACACGAUGCCAAGACUUGGACUCGUUAAUUUAUCCAUUUUGCUGUUGUUUUUUGCAUUUUGCAUUUUGCUAAUGUGUAUUCUAUUUCUU